AUGGGGACGCGCCUCCUGCUGCUGCUGCUGCUGCUAGGGCUCUCCUUGCUGCUGGGCUUCCUGCAAGCUCUAGAAUGUUUCCAGUGUCACCGAGUCAACGCCAGCGGGGUUUGCGAGAGCGGGGAAAGCUUCUGCCAGACUCAAGGCAGCCAGCAGUGCUUCCUGAGGAAGGUCUACGAAGGUGACAGGUUCCUGUAUGGAUACCAGGGCUGUGGGGACCUGUGUCUCCCCAUGUCUUUCUUCAGACAAAAUGCUCGAGUGGAUUUUGUGUGCUGCAGUGACUCAUCUUUCUGUAACAAGCUUUAG